CUAGCCCUUAAUGAAAGAACUUAGGGUGUCACCCAGGGCCGGAUUUGGGUUUGAUGAGGCCCUAAGCUAAUGAAGGUAACGGGGCCCUUUCUAUGUCCAGCUGUCCCUUGUCAACAACAAAUGGUCGCUGUUUUUUGCGUUGAAUAUAUGCUGUAUGGUAAGUUUAUGGACCUAAUAGGUAUCUAAAGCCAUUUGCACGUCACAAAUAGGAGCCUACUCAACACAAAACACGGUUGCUGUCUGUAGGUUUUAUUUCCUUUUUAUUUUAUGUUUUGGAAAUGUACAUCCAGUUUUUUCCCCCUUUCAAAUUUUUUUGGGGGGACCUCCAAGAGAGGGGGGCCUUAAGCUAGUGCUUGUUUAGCUUAUACCAGGGGUGGCCAACUUCCAAGAGACUGCGAUCUACUCACAGAGUUAAAAACUGGUAGUGAUCUACCCCCUUUGGGGGGGGUACAGGUCAAAGUUGAGCUUUUUUGGGGAAGGAAAGCCCUGUUUUGGGGUUCACGUAAAGGUUGUUGAGCUUCUUUAGGAAGGAGGAAAGCGACAUUGAGCUUUUUUAAGAAGGAAAGCCCUGUUUUGGUGGUUCAGGUCAUUUUAGGGGUGCAGGGCAAAGGUGUUGAGGUUUUUUUAGGGGAGCCAAAGUUUUUUAUCUUCUUGGGGGGGGAGCCACUGAUCUACCAGUGAUCUACCACAGACGUCCAGUGAUCUAUCGGUAGAUCACGAUCUACCUGUUGGACAUGCCUGGCUUAUACUGUACGUAAGUCACCUAGUAACAAAUCACCCCCCUACCCUGGGGGGGAAAUCUUCCCAGCAUCGGGUCUCAGGGCAUCCUCCUAAGGGCUCUUUACCUUUUGCCAUCUUCUCCCUUUGACCUGGGCUGCCUGCCUUUCGUUGCUAAGGGGAUGGUUGCCGUGAAAGGUUUGUAUAGCAAACAAUGAUGGCCAAACCCCUUUCACCCUUCAAGGGCUAGAGGAAGCUGAGCUUGGUCCCCCUCCUCUUGCAAACCAGCCUGGGCUGAAGUCCGAGGGGCACCCCCCCGCAGCCCCAAAAUGGAUCUCCAGUGCCUGAACUAUCGGGAUCUGUUCCUCAACCGACCCUACGUCCCUCCGGUCUCCUUAGAGACCGAUUACCCAACCCCACUGUACAGUGAUGAGUACCUAUCAUUGAGGGCCCAGCGGAACCCCCCCAUCCUCCGUCAAGCCGUUCGCUGGAAGUACACACCGAUGGGGUGGGACGCCAUCCCCCAGACUUGGUAUACGGGACUCACCAACAGCCACAACCGCCACGCCUGGUACACCCUCACCGACCCCAUCAACCGCGAAGCUUACUACCGCUGGCAGAAGUGGCAUGACCACAGAGAGAGGAAUCUACCAGCUGCCUACGCUCAGCACCUGCAAGACAGCUGUUGCUUCGACCCCAUCGUCCCUGCCCAGUACUUGAGCCCUAAGACGCGAUGGGGGGCCUUUCUGUGGAGGGACAGGCCCAUUCUCGGAAAGGAAUUUGUGGUCAACCGCAACCGCGGCCCCGAGGAGCUGAAAGGGAAGCCCGGCUACGUCCCGCACCUGACCAUCCACACCCCUAUGUUCACCACCAAGGACUAUCGCACAUGGAGGAUGUUCGACCGACAGCCUUCGACCAAACACCAGCACUAGUAAAAGACUUCUUCCCUGCGGCUUGGCGUGACCCUCCUUCGUGGUGGAAGUUGGUGUUGGGGGCCUGAUCCCCUUUCUGGGCAAAGUCGUGCUGAUGCCCACCCCCACCCCCCAGGCCCCCAGGC